GGGCACUAGGAAAAAUGGUUUCCCCUUAUUCCCUAUUCCUCCUUAUAUCUUCUUCUUGUUGUUAUUGCUAUCCCAUCCUUGCAGUAAUGUCAUGGAAUCAUUUUAGGGAACAUGGGAGUGGGGAUGGAAUGGUGGAAAUAGGAAGGAAUCACAGGAAAACAGGAAAUGGCCAGAGAGAUCUCUCUCUAGAUGUUUUGGUGCUGUGGUUGGAGUUGUUUCAAGAAAAAAAUACCCAUCAGUUGGAUACGUGGGAAUGCAACCUUAGGGUUAGGCAAGAUGACUCACUAGAUUCAUUCCAACUCAGGAGCUCCAUGGAUAUACAUAGCGGAUAUUUCAUCUUUCCCUGUCUCCUGACACUGGAUAGUUUCCCUGGCUGAAUUGCUCUACCAGGAAUGCUUCUGUGGAGAGAUGACAAUGAGCAUCGCUUGAUAUCUACGUAGUAGUUUUUAAAAGAUGGGCCUCAUUUGGCCUGGCCGUAAUCUGCUUUGUUUUUAAUAAUACUGGGGAACGUCUUAUCAGUGGAGUCACUGUUAUGUUUUCAAGGCCAGUGUUUCCCAACCUUGUGCCUCCAGCUGUUUUCAGACUACAAUUCCCAUCAUUCCUGACCACUGGUCUUGCUAGCUAGGGAUGAUGCGAGUUGUAGUCCCAAAACAUAUGGAGGCACAAGGUUGGGAAACACUGUUCUAGGCUGUAUUAGGGGAAGGACUCAGCGGCAGAGAUGCAGAAGUACCUACUGUAUUUUCAAUCUCCAGGUAAUGCUAGGGGGAAAAAAUCCUGUCAAAUCCCAGAGUGUAGACAGUAAUAACCUAGAUGGACUGUUGGCUUGACUUUGUACAAGACAGCUUCCUAUGUUUCUAUUAGCGAGCAGAAGUGAUGGAUUUGAAGCAAAACAUUGCUUUGUUAUAUACAAGGCCUCAGAUUCAGUCACUGUCACCUCCAUUGUAAAGCAUCUAGAGACCUUAAAUAGCCAUUGAUAGUGUUACUGAGCUCAGUAGCUUCAUGGCUUGAUGCAAUAGAUCAACGGCCUGACUCCAUGUAUUGUGGAUAUUCAAAUAAUUAUGCCAAUGGGACAGUUCAGGUGUAAUCUGUAUAAGAUCGAUGGCCCAUAUCAGGAUUUAUUUGCCACCGUAUCAGGACUUUUUGCAUUGUUCCGGGGGGUGGGGGUGGGGGGUAAACAGCUCCAGAGAAGAUGGAGCCUUAAUUUGCCUACCUCUGGCUUAACCGAUGCCCAUGCAGAAGGCUGAGCUGCCAUUGGGCUUGGCCAUUAUUAUCUUGCCAUUUCAGAACAAUAUACAGUACGUUUGUGGUUGGUCCUUACUGCAUUCUAGUAACCCCAUUUCUUUGUGGAAAAGGGGUUCCACAGAAAUUGAAUUGGAAAUAGAUUUCACUGGAUUUGCCUAUCUCUUCACCCCGCAACUGAGACCAGUGGUAGAAAAACACAUUGUAAUAUCAUUGUGAAACUUCUUCUUAUUUUAAAUAAAAAUAAUGUUAUGUCCUGUCAGCCUGUUAACUUCAGUGAUGACUCUCAGUCCAAAGGUGUGUCUUGGAUUUAUCCACAUUUCCUUUCAUUUUACUUCUGAUAGUUAGGGAAGGAAUGGGGAGGAGAUCUUCUAGCUGCCGAGCAGCGUUUACGAUGCUGAAAUGUAAAAUAAUGUGCCCCCCUUUGAAGGAAAGUAGCACCAUAAUGGCAUUUUUAGAAUUAUUAACAUUUUUAUCCCGCCUUAUAGUCCCAGUGGAACCCUCAAGACAUCUCACAAGGAAACGUUCAAAGUCACAGCUUUUAAAAUUAACAACGAUCUCAUAAAACUAUUAUAAAAAGAAUGUGGCACACAACCUAUACAUUAGACAAGGAAAAAACAACAACAGUUGUGAUAUAUUUUAUUUAUUUAUUUAAUUCGUUCAUUGCAUUUAUGAUAUUUAAUCCCUUCCUUCAAGGUGCUCAGGGAAGAACCCUGGGAGGCAGACUUCAUUACUUUCCCAAGUUUAACCCGUGAGCUUCGCAGCGUGAGUGGAAAUUGGGACCCCCAACUUGUCUGAAAUAUGUUUUGAGAAGUUUAAAGGAAACAUUUUAAAAUUAAGAAAGGAUAAGGCAAUAGAAAUCGGAACAGAAUCUCUCCCCUAAAGAUAUGAACACACAGGGUAAGGUUCAUAUUGGUCACCGAGCUUGAAGAAAAGGCAGGGAAAGGAACACAGCUGAGAGAGGGAGAAUAUGUUUUCCUGUGGAUGUAGAGUCCCUUUUAUUUAGUUUUGCCUUUUCACAAACCUGUGAUUUGCCGUAGAACAAGGGUGGCAAAUGUGAUAUUGCUAAGUUGAUGAUGGACUACAACUCCUAUCAUCCCUGGUCACGCUGGCUGGGGCUGAUGGGAGUUGAGUCCAACAGAAUGUGGAGGAAGCCACAUUGGCUACUACUGUACUGCUAUAGAGCAGGCAUUCCCCAAACUGCAGCCCUCCAGAUGUUUUGGCCUACAACUCCCAUGAUCCCUAGCUAACAGAACCAGUGGUUGGGGAAGAUGGGAACUGUAGUCCAGAACAUCUGGAGGGCCGAAGUUUGGGGAUGCUUGCAUAGAGCGUGCUUGAAACUCCAUUUUAAUGGUAGACUUCCAGAAGGGAAACAGAAGCGUGGCAGCUGCUCUUAGUUAUUUGUGUCUGUGUGAAUGUACAAAAUGACUUGUCAGAAUGUGGCCAGUUUGGGCCAGUUAAACUGACAGGACUUCUGCAGCCUGUGUCGGACAGGCUGUUCUUUGAGUUGUGUCCAUUAUACUUUAUUAGUCCAUUUCUUGGGUGACGGGCACAGAAUGGAUUGCAGGAAUCGAGGGCCUUCACUAAAGGGACCCCCCCAAAAAAACCUCAGAAACCUGGGUGUCAGAAAGACCCAGAAUCCCUUGGUUCAGCCACUUCUUCUCCAAAGACCCAAACAUAACAUUGGUUUUCAGUUUAAUUUAUAUCAGGCCUGCACAACUGGCAAUCCACCAAGCAGAACACAGCCAACCAGCCAUGUAUGGGAGCCCACCAAGUUGAGAAACUUUUUGUUGUUGUUGUUGUUGUUGCUGCUGCUGCUGCUUAGAUUCUUGGAUUGCUUGGAUGCCCUAAACGGCCUCGGUCCAGUAUACCUGAAGGAGCGUCUCCUCCCCCAUCGUUCUGCCCGGACACUGAGGUCCAGCGCCGAGGGCCUUCUGGCAGUUCCCUCGCUACGAGAAGCCAAGUUACAGGGAACCAGGCAGAGGGCCUUCUCGGUAGUGGCACCCACCCUGUGGAACGCCCUCCCACCAGAGGUCAAAGAGAACAACAGUUACCAGACCUUUAGAAGGCAUCUCAAGGCAGCCCUGUUCAGGGAAGCUUUUAAUGUCUGAUGGAUUUCUGUAUUUUAAUAUUUUGUUGGAAGCCGCCCAGAGUGGCUGGGGGAACCCGGCCAGAGGGCGGGGUAUAAAUAAUACAUUAUUAUUAUUAUUAUUUUGCUUUGGGGAUCGCAAAAACAGGGGUGGGGUUGGGAAGGUCCUAGUGUCUGGUCUGCUGUGGUUGGCUUGGGAGCUCAGAAAUUGUGCUAGCCUUGAUUUCUAGAAAACAGAGUGUGGAAGCUAGUGACUUAGUGAGUAGCUUUUACCCGCACCUCACUCAUCUUUCAUUACUCUUUGCCACUCCCGUUGUUUCUUGGGAAUGGCAGUGGCAGGUCUUUAAACACAGGUGUGCCUGAAGCUUGUAUAAGAUGAGGAUUGGCUGAAGUGUAAUUUAGAGCACCUAAGGGUCACAUGGGAGGUGAGGCUGAACUUCUCCAUUCACUUUCUCUCUGCAGCUCAUUUUCACUUGCCCUGCCUACUUCCCCCCCCCUUCCAGCGAGACUCCUUUCCAGUACAUACUGGAAUCCAGUAGGGGGGGAAGGGACUUCUGGGGGUGGAUUGGGGAGGAUGAAGGUUCAAUAUGCUUGCCCCAGAAUGGCUGGGGCAACCCAGAUGGUCAGAGUAUGAGUAAUACAUUAUUAUUAUUAUUAUUAUUAUUAUUAUUAUUAUUAUUAUUGCUUUGGCACUUUAAUACGCUCCCACCACAUAUGCACACAUGCAUUAGAUGUGAAGUGAGCAGCCCCCUUGUUUGUAAGCGUGGCUCCGUCAUUAUCAAGUGCAAUUUGGGACUCGGAAGCUUCCCUGGCUCUUUGCAUUCAAUAAGAUCUGUGUCCCAGCUGUGUAAAUUAUGGUACAUUGUGGUAGGGUAGGGUCCCAUUGGCUGUGGUAGGGUCCCAUUGGCUGUGUGAAGACACCACACUUGGAGAUUUCAGGGUUGGUGCCUGGAUUUGCUAGCAUCCUUCUAAGUCUUCCUGGGUGGAUGGAUUGGAAAAGGCAUUGGGUCUCUUUCCACACACACACACACCCCUUUGUUUGCCAUUUGAAGCUGCAAAAACCUGUCCAAUUGCUUUCCUGUAGUAAGACCAAGAGUAGUUUGUGAAAUGCUAGAUUGCCCUUUCGCUCUGCUUUGGGCAGAGUGGAUAAAUGGGACCCAGAACCUGUCAAGGUGUGCUCCCCUCCCCCCUGUAUUCCUUAUCACUAUUUGGAGUUACAUUUUGUUACGCCUACCAGCUUUGCAGCUGUUCCAGUUCUACAGGAUCACGCUAAGCCAGGGGUCUCCAAACUAAGGCCCGGGGGCCGAAUGCGGCCCAAUCGCCUUCUAAAACCGGCCCACGGACGGUCCGGGAAUCGGCAUUUUUUUUACAUGAGUAGAAUGUGUCCUUUUAUUUAAAAUGCAUCUCUGGGUUAUUUGUGGGGCAUAGGAAUUCGUUCAUAUUUCCCCCCCAAAAAAUAUAGUCUGGCCCCCCACAAGGUCUGAGGGACAGUGGACUAGCCCCCUGCUGAAAAAGUUUGCUGACCCCUGAACCAAGCCCUUCCCUGCCUGGGCCUCUCCACAUGUUUUGGACUACAACUCCCAUUAGCCACCAGUCAAGCACAGUGGCGUUUGCUGGGACUGAUGAGAGUUGGCAUUGCAAAUCUCUGGAGCGCCAAGGUUGAGGAAGGCAGAGGUAUGCAGCCCCAUUUGAAUACGUAAAAUAUGUAUUUAUUUUAUGCCUUACCAGGUGUGAAGGCAGUAGCUGCAAAGUGACAAUUCAGGUUUCAGAGAUGCAUGGCGUUAUUCCUUGCCACAGUGCAUGCAUGUACACUGUCAUCGCAGUGUGUGGGGCUGUAACUGAUGGCAGAUUGACGUGUUUGUGUGUGACACCUAAUUACCCAGCACUGGGCAACUCACAACAGAACGCGGCUCUGCCGAAUUGUCUUCAAGGCAAUGGGAGGUGACACAAAACCUCUCCGUGCAGUUUCAUCGGUGUUGACUCAUUCACACAUGCUUGUUCUUACUGACAUGAUGCUCUCUGCCCAUGCACAAACAGCCCCUGAACUUCUGCCACAACAUUCCUGGCUGUGGGCAUGCCAGUGGUUUCCCAAGCUGUGGCCCACAGGCUAUGGGGGUGCGUGGGUGUGUGAAUGUGGGUCACACACAUGGUUCUGCUAAACUACAGGUUGGUUACAUACCUAUAGAAAGGUAAUGUUCCCCAGGGACUCCAAAAGGCAGCAAUGUUUCAAGCCACUAUGGGCAUAUUACAUGUGCUACGAAAGGGUAUGAUAGAGAGGAAUUAUCUGGGUGGAAUUCAGUGCCGCACAAAGGAGAUUGUUCCAUCCGUGCAAGCUUUUCUGGGUGUCCCGACAGAAAAAUCUCCCCUCACUUCCAGCUGCAGGCUGUUCUACGGGUUCUUCUGACCCUCCAGAAUGCAUUUGGGGGAGAUGGCAGGGGAAGAAAGGGGAAGAACCAAUUGUACUCCAGUGGUACCUCGGUUUAUGAAAACAAUUGGUUCCGGAAGUCUGUUCAUAAACUGAAGUGUUCAUAAACUGAAGCAAACUUUCCCAUUGAAAGUAAUGGAAAGUGGAUUAAUCCAUUCCAGACGGGUCCGCGGAGCACUCAACCUGAAGCGUACUUAACCCAAAGCAUGGGUGUAAUUGGUUCCGGAAGUCUGUUCAUAAACUGAAGCGUUCAUAAACUGAAGCGAACUUUCCCAUUGAAAGUACAGUGGUACCUCUACUUACAAAUAACUCUACUUACAAAUUUUUCUACUUACAAAUGGAGCUCCGUCCGCCAUCUUGGAUGCGGUUUAGAUAGGAUUUUUUCUACUUAUGAAUUUUUAGAUAGGGUUGCUUCGACUUACGAAUUUUUUCUCCCAAUGCAUUCCUAUGGGAUUCGACUUACAAAAUUUGUUGACUUAAAAAUCUGUGUUCGGAACGCAUUAAAUUCGUAAGUAGAGGUACCACUGUAAUGGAAAGUGAAUUAAUCCGUUCCAGAUGGGUCCGCGGCGUUCGUAAACCGAAAAUUCAUAAACCGAGGUGUUCAUAAACCGAGGUUCCACUGUAAUAGGAGGUUUUGCACUGGUUUUCGCUAUCAGGAUGGUUUCCUUGAUGUGCCUACAUAUUUUGAAAUGCUAGCACCCAGGAGGAGAUGUUUCAGUGGUUAGAAGUGGUCUGUUGGCCUACCAACUUUGGGAAGUUUUCCAUAUGACUGUCUGGAGGCACGGUAUGCCAUUUGACUGCAGAUCAAGAGGUCCCUACUUCAUCCUGGCAGUGUUUGAAAUUAGCCAGGCGUGUUUUGUGACUGGUGCAGGUCCAAUUGUGACCACGUGGAGAUCUCUGGAUGCCAAGUUGAUGACUGGGGAAAGCAAAAUGUCACUUAAGAGCAGGACCUGAAAUAUUUCCCUUGAAGCUUGAUUUUGUUUUUAUUCUGGAUUAUUUUAUUUGAUGUUUCAAUGUGUUGUAAACCACUUUGAGAUUUGUUCUUUAAAAUAUUAAGUGUGAAUGUUUUCUGUGUGAAAAGGGGAAUACUGUUAAACACUGCUAGGAGCUGCUAACUGUUCUGCAUCCCACAAUAUCUGUUAUAUUUUCAUCUCUCAAAAACUCUGCAUGAUGCAAACUGAUCCUAGUUUUUUUUUUUACUGCAGAUGCCUAAGGAUGCUUGCUUAGAAGCAAGUCCUAUUGUGUUCAAUGAAAAUUACUCCCAAGUAGGGGUAUUCAGCCUAACAUUAGAUUUUAAAUGAAGAAUAACAGAUUCUUCAUAUCUGUUUCUUGUUAUUUUACCUUUUCAAAAUUCUUAAAUUAUUGUAGUUAAUUGUUCUUAUUGAUAAUUGUUAUGUUUUAUCUUUUUUGUAAUUAACUUUCUUUUCUUACAAUCAAGCGGUUUAUAGAUUUUGUGAAAUAAGUGAGAAAUUGGUACCUCCUUCCCACCCACAAAUUUGCUGGAGUGCAUCUCCAGGACACUGAAUAGCAAUAUGUACGCAUUUCAACACAUUCCUUCAUGAAAUUCUCCUGUGCAUCUCGCAUUAAAGGGAACAAACAGGAGCUGUGCAAGAGCAGCACUAUAUUCUAACAUGUAUCCCAUUCACUUCUAUGGGACUUGCAGAAGAGAAUGCACUAUAUCUACUGGGUUGCUCUGUGCUGUAAAUGUUAUGGGCCCAAUAAUAAAGAAUACAGGUUAAAUGAACAGUACUUUCCUCUUUAAAAUUUCUAGGGAAAUGGCAGGAAUUGGAAUAGCACCCAUCAAUUCUGAAUUCUGUUACUGUGACAUAGAACGAUAAGAAUUAAACUAAGAUUGUGGAAUUGUAUGGAGGAAAAGUUUCCCAGGUGUUUUAAACCGCAGUUUCUCUGCCUGACUUUAGUGUUGUCAUUACAAUUCCUUCAAGGCACAUGGCUCUUUUUAUAGUUCUAUAAACAGGGGGGGAAAUCCCUUUUCCAUAGAGCUUAAAACCUAUAUUUUGACAGUGGGAAGGACAUAAAGGGAGGGGAGGGAGAGGCCAUGUUGCUUGGGGAACCAGGGUAAUAUGGGUAAUAUGAAAAAGUUCCCUUAUACUAUAUGGUGUUCUGGUUCAUGUUUGGAUUAGGAGCUGGGGCACCAGGGUUAAAAUCUCUACCUAUGAAGCUCACAGCUACUCUCAAUCUAACCUACCUCACAGGGUUGCUGUGAGGAUCAACAUGGGAGGGGAGGAAUAUGUAUUUCUGUUUAUUUAUUUCCUCAUAUUUACAGACCAUUUUUUGCUGCAAAUGGUCUCAUGUGUGCCACCCUAGGCUCCUAGGAGGAGAGGUGGGAUAAAGGUAAAGGACCCCUGGCCGUUUAAGUCCAGUCAAAGGCGACUCUGGGGUUGCAGCGCUCAUCUCGCUUUCAGGCCAAGGGAGCCGGCGUUUGUCCACAGACAGCUUUCCGGGCCAUGUGGCCAGCAUGACUAAACUGCUUCUGCCGCAACAAAACACCGUGACAGAAGCCAGAGCGCACAGAAACGCCGUUUACCUUCCUGCUGCAGCAGUACCUAUUUAUCUACUUGCACUGGCAUGUUUUUGAGCUGCUAGGUUGGCAGAAGCUGAAUCAGAGCAAUGGGAACUCACUCUGUUGCGGGGAUUCGAACCGCCAACCUUCCGAUCGGCAAGCCCAAGACGCUCAGGGGUUUAAACAACAGCGCCACCCACGUCUCUGGUGGGAUAAAACAACAACAACAACAUGGGGUGGAUGGGUGACAUGGGAGGGAUUUCUAGGCAUGAGGAGGAGGCUGCAAGCAAGGAACAGAAACUUACGUUAUGCUGAUACGAAAGAGGCUUCUGUCUGCAUGGUGCUGAUGUUGCGGGUGUCGUCUUAUACUUAAAACUAGGGGGGGGGAUCUUUGAUUAGAGAACCAUUUUGAAGUGAAAACUUGGGGGUGGGGGACGACGCAGAAGCAGCUUUCCGUGGAAGGAAGUGGCAAUGUGACAGGGAGCUUCUGAACGCUUCACUGGUUCUGCUCAGUGUUGGAAAUUUUGCCACCGGUGACGGUCCAAUUGCGGCUAUGUAGAUGUUUCUGGCCGUCAGGUUGGUGACCACAGUUUAAAAACCUCUGCCUUAGUCCAUAGUUAUGCCAUUUCCAUUUCCACUAUGUGUGUUGGUUUCUCCUUCCUGCAUACUGGGACAAGUGAAUUGCUGUAAGAGCAGGCUACAGUCAAGCAAUGUAGUUGAGAUCAUAGAAUUGUAGAAUUGUAGUGUUGGAAGGAAACCCCAAGGGUCAUGUAGUGGCUACAUUGGGCUACAUUGUAGCCCAACUCCGUGGUGAAUAGAUAUUCCAUUGUUGUGGCAAUAGUAACCUGGAUUUAAAGUGUCAUUUGGCCUGAUUAGACAGCAAACAACAACAACAACAACAACAACAACAAUAAUAAUAAUAAUAAUUUAUACCCCGCCCAUCUGUGGCUCCCAACAGAAUAUAAAAAACACGAUAAAACAUCAAACAUUAAAAACAAGGCUGCUUUCAGACAUCUUCUAAAAGUCAGUUGUUUCUUUCCUUGACAUCUGAUGGGAGGGCUUUCCAUAGGGCAGGCGCCACUACCAAGAAGGCCCUCUGCCUGGUUCCUUGUAAUUUCACUUCUUGCAGCGAGGGAUCUGCCAGAAGGCCCUCGGAGCUGGACCUAAGUAUCCCGGCUGAACAAUGGGGGGUGGAUAAUAAUAGGAUCUUGCCUAUUUUCACACACUAGCAACGCAUCCUUUGGAAUUCUAUCCAUGAUAUUUUAUCUGCACAAUCAGAACAGAUUUCAGGAACCAAAAUUUUUUACUGAAAAAUAUGACUUCCAAGCCGUCUGCCCCCCAAAAUGGCAACUAGACAUUCUGUUUAGGCAAUUGUAACCCUGGUUUAAGGAGCCAUUUAGCACCUAGCUUUGAGUUUCUAACACUGCCUGUGAGCCACAACAUUAACAUGAGCCGACAUGGUUGGAGUUAGCCCAAGCCAUGUAAGCUGUGGCACCCCACAUGGCUCAUGUCUGGAUGAUGUCAACCAGAUCGCAAUGGUCCUAGAAUGGUAAGGGGAGUCAGAAAAGAGGCAGAAAUCCAGACGCGGGGAUAUGGAUGUGUUUUAAUCUCAUUUGCUGUUCAUUUUAAAUUAAAAAAUAAUAAUGUUUUUAUUGAUGCUUUUAAUAUUUCUUUUAAACCGCCUAGUGGUUUUACUACAGUGAAAGUGGUAGACGGGGGAUGAAACAUGUGAGAUUGUGCACAAGCACACACGCCAAGCCCAGAAGUAACUAAAAAUGUCACAACACACGUGGCAUAACGGCACAGGAGAAACUUGCUCCACUGACACAUACGGGUGCCAAGAACGGACCCUCCAUGUGAAACGGUCGUCAACUAUAUGCAAUUUGUUAAGUAACAUUAAAAUAAAUAAAUGCCUGCAUCUUCUGGUCAAAGCCCAGUGACUUGAUUUACUUUUGGGAGUAAUGUGUAAUAUACAUUUUCUUGACUAUAAUUUAUCAGUGCAUUUGGUGUAGGAGUUCUGUUUUAUAAGGCGCUUAAAAUAACCCAUAUUCCAUAAUUCUAUUAAAGGAGAUAAGUAGCAUAGUUAUGAAUUGAGCAAAUUUUUUGAAGCCGUGGGUUUUUCUUGUAGUCCAGCUUCACAGGAAUGCAGUCAAGGAGAGGGAAUCACUGUUAAUGUUCAAACAGCUAAAUAAGAGCAACAAUUCAGGAAAAACAAGAAGCAGUCAUAGUGUCGACGUUUUAUUGUAUUUUGUGGCAAUAAAUGAUUUCAUAUUUUUAUGUUGUUCUUGCCAGUUUUGGGGGAAGUCUAUAAAUGAACAAAAUGAAAGCAUAGACUAAUUUCUCUCUGCUGCUCUGAAAUGCUUAGUAUAAUUUGUUGAAUAUUUUAAAUUGUAACUGUGGAUUCACUGAAAGGAACUGAGGUUAAGGUACAAUAUGUAGUAGUAGUAGUAGUAGUAAUAAUAAUAAUAAUAAUAAUAAUACCGUAUUCCACUCAUCUGGCUGGGUUUCCCCAGAGUGCUGGAUGAGGCCCUGGGAGACCAGGGUUCAAAUCCCCCCUCUGCUGCGAAGCUCACUGGAUGACUUUGGGGAUAGAAUGGGGAGGAAAGGUAUGUUCGCCACCUUGAGCUUCUUGGAAAGAAGGAGGGCUAUAAAUCAAGGAAUGAACAAGUGUCUAGCUAUUAUUCACACACAGCACUUCCAGACCUCUUAAUUCUUCCCACUAACAAAAUUCUCUGUUUUAGGAAUUGUUGGGAGCCUAGCAUCCUUGGACAAAGUUCUCCCUGCCCUUUUCCUGAAGAGCAGAGAUUGUGUUACCCCUUGAGGCUCACACCUCAGUCUCCCAAGGAAUAGUUGUGUGGCGGACAGUAUAAAAGUUAAUGUUUUCAUCCACCCGGACAAAGGAGAAUGGGGACCCUACACCCAAAAGAAUGAAGACUCGACAGAAUAAAGACUCCAUGUCGAUGCGGAGUGGUAGGAAGAAGGAGACUCCAGGGCCCCGAGAGGAGCUCAGGACGCGGGGCCGAGCCUCUCCAGGUGGCGUCAGCACUUCCAGCAGUGAUGGCAAAGCUGAGAAGUCUCGGCAAACUUCCAAGAAGGGCCGGGUGGAAGAGUCCAUGGCCCCUAAGGGAAGCAAGCAAAGCCGUCCAGAGGAGAUCUCGGAGAGCGAAGGAGAAGACACCAAUGCCCCAAAGAAAACUAAAACCGAGGAGCUGCCGAGGCCUCAGUCCCCCUCGGACGUUGACAGCCUCGAUGGCCACAGCUUCAACGAUGAGACGAGCAGCGACCCUCGCGACAUCGACCAGGACAACCGGAGCACCUCGCCCAGCGUCUACAGCCCCGGCAGCGUGGAGAACGACUCCGACUCCUCCUCAGUGCUGUCCCAGGGGCCGGCCCGCUCCUACCACCACCCUCCACUCUUCCCCCAGAGCCCCUCCCCUGCCCCCCUGGCAGAGGGCCUAGCUCGCCCACCAGAGCCAAACUUUGGCCUGGUGGGGGACGUUCAUCCUCCGGGCCCCGCCGGCAGUUACCAGCCGCAACUUGAGGCCCAGGCUUCAAGGAUUUUCCAGGCGCAAGCCCCACCAGCUCCCACUCUGUCAGCAAAUUCCUCUUCCUCAUCCUCCUCGCCUUCCUCCUCUACCUCCUCCUCCUCCUGCACGACCCACGUCCCCCUCUAUUCUGGCGCCAACGUGGUCCAGAUGGGGCCCAAAGCAGUCAGCGCAGGGCCAGGCCUCCCCACGCCAGGCGGGCGAGAGCAAGCCCUUGGCACCAAGCACAACCCACCUCCGACAACCCCCAUUUCCUUGGCCCCGGUGGCGGGGGGCCUGCCCCCUCAGAAAACCCCUCCAAACAACUCCCCCUCGGUGCUCCCUUCCUCCACAGCCACUUUCCCCCACGUCCUUGCCAAUCUGCCCCCGCCGCCCGCUCUGAGGCCCCUCAACAAUAUGUCGGCCGCCUCCAGCUCCCCGGGGGUGGUGGGGCAAGCGCUGGGCGGGCACCUCCAGCCCCCCCACGGGAUGGGCCAGGACAAGUCACCUGUCCCUUCCCGCUAUCCCUACGCCCCCGCCCCACCCAGCUCUUCGGCCGCCCAGUAUGCGCUGCCCCCCGCUUCCCAGGCCCUCCCCAGCUACAGCUCCUCCUACGGCCACUCCUUCCCUCAGCCCAGCAGCCUCUCCGUCGCCAGCCAGCCCCCCAAGUACACCCAGCCCUCCAUGCCCUCCCAGCCAGUGUGGAGCCAAGGGCCGCCGCCCUAUAAUCGCCCCCUGGGCAACGCUGGCUCGCACCCUCCGGCCGCCUUCCCAGGCCAGGCCACCCUGCACCAGCAGCACCAGCACCAGCACCACAGCCACGGCAGUGGGGCGGGGGGCCCAGCAGCGGCUGCAGCAGCCCCCCAAGCCCCCGGAGGGUAUCCCCACCCAUUGGAGCCAGGCCCACACCACCCGCCCCACGCUGCCUAUGGCCUCCGUCUCUACCCGCCUCAUGGCCAUGCCACGUACAGCCAGGCCCCCUCUGCAUCUUCCUCUUCUGCCUCCUCCUCCUCUUCGUCCUCUGCCUCCUCUUCUUCAUCUUCUUCUUCCACCACCUCCUCCUCUUCCUCCUCCUCUGCACCCCAGGGAACGUACCCAGGAGUCUGCAGCCACCCCCAGGGGCAAAACACCGCAGCCUACACAUUCCCACCGCCGCCACCGCCUUCGCCAGCCCACGGAGCCGGGCCUCCGGUUACCUCCGCCUGUGCCACCCUCUCCACUGUCAUCACCACCAUGGCCUCCGCCUCAGCAGCACCCUACAAGACGGCGUCGCCCCCGGCGGGGGCCCCCUCAGUGACCCCCUAUGGGAAGCGGACGGCCUCUCCGUCCCCCACCUUCCAACCUCCGGCCCCCUACAAGCCGGGCUCGCCUCCUUCCUCCUCUCCCUCCUCUUCCUCAGCAUCCUCAUUCCGUGCAGCCACCCCACCAGGGUACAGGCUGGCCUCUUCCCCGGCAGGCGGGGGCUACAAGGCCCCCUCGCCGGCUCCCGUGGCCCCCCCAGCCGCGGGGGUCAUGCCAGCCCCUCCCUUGCCCCCGCUGCCCCUCAGCGCCGCGCAGAUCAAGCAAGAGCCUUCCGAGGAAUACGAGCCCCCGGAGAGCCCGAUGCCCCCUGUCCGGAGCCCCUCGCCAGCCCCCAAGGUGGUGGAUGUGGCAAGCCAUGCCAGCCAGUCCGCGAGGUUCAAUAAACACCUGGAUCGCGGCUUCAACUCCUGCUCGCGGACCGAUCUCUACUUUGUACCCCUGGACGGCUCCAAGCUGGCCAAGAAGCGGGCAGAUCUGGUGGAGAAGGUGCGCAGGGAGGCUGAGCAGAAGGCCCGGGAGGAGAAGGAGCGUGAAAGGGAGCGAGAGAGAGAGAAGGAGAGGGAGAGGGAGAAAGAACGGGAGCUGGAAAGAAGUGUGAAGGUGGCACAAGAAGGCCGCGCAGUGGAGUGUGCCUCCCUGGGGCCUGUCCCACACCGCCCGUCGUUUGAGCAAGGCAGCGCCGUUGCCACUGUCCCCCCCUACCUGGGCCCCGACACGCCGGCGCUCCGCACCCUCAGCGAGUACGCGCGGCCCCAUGUCAUGUCCCCGAGCAACCGCAACCACCCCUUCUACGUCCCGCUGGGUGCGGUGGACCCCGGACUGCUGGGCUACAACGUGCCGGCCAUCUACAGCAGCGACCCAGCCACCCGGGAGAGGGAGCUCCGAGAGCGGGAGGCCCGCGAGCGAGACCUCCGGGACCGCGACCUGCGCGAGCGCCUCAAGCCCGGCUUCGAGGUGAAGCCCGCCGAGCUGGAGCAGCUUCACGCCGUGCCCAGCGCCACCAUGGAUCCUUUCCCACGGCAUGGGGGUCUAGCUCUGCAGGCCGGCCCAGGCCUCCACCCUGCUUUCCCUUUCCACCCGGGGCUGGGCCACCUGGAGAGAGAGCGGCUAGCGCUGGCGGCCGGCCCUGCCCUGCGCCCUGACAUGUCCUAUGCUGAGCGGCUGGCAGCUGAGCGGCAGCACGCUGAAAGGGUGGCCGCCCUGAGCAACGACCCCUUGGCCCGGCUGCAGAUGCUCAACGUGACCCCGCAUCACCACCAGCACUCCCAUAUCCACUCCCACCUCCAUCUCCACCAGCAGGACGCCAUCCACGCAGCUUCCGCCUCUGUUCACCCUCUUAUCGAUCCACUGGCUUCCGGGUCCCAUCUCACCCGGAUACCCUACCCAGCUGGUACCAUCCCUAAUCCACUCCUUCCUCACCCACUGCAUGAAAAUGAGGUGCUGCGCCACCAGCUAUUUGCUGCCCCCUACAGAGACCUGCCAGGCUCUCUCUCGGCUCCGAUGUCGGCAGCGCAUCAGCUCCAAGCCAUGCAUGCACAGUCAGCAGAGCUCCAGCGCCUGGCCCUGGAACAGCAGCAGUGGCUGCACGCCCACCACCCUCUGCAUGGAGUGCCGCUCCCCACGCAGGAGGAUUACUACAGUCACCUGAAAAAAGAAAGCGACAAGCCCCUCUAAGCAGAUCCCAUUCCCCAUGGCAACAUCGUUGACCCUCCUCCUGCUGCUGCUGCUGCUGC